AUGGAGGACGACAUGAGGAAGCACUUCUUCCGGCAUGGAGAUAGCGAUCCGAGUCUCUACACUGAGAAGCGCAAUUGUCACCUGUGCCAGAUUCGCAGCUUCCCCACCCAUGAAGACUACCCUAUCACCGUCAUUAACGAGGUCGACGAUGAGCCUCUUCCCUUUGAUUUCCGCUUCAUCAACGAGGUGGUCCUAGGUGAGGGUGUGGAGCCCGCCGAGGAUAGUUUCCGAAGCGGCUGCGAAUGCCGCAAAGACGAACUGUGUCAGUUUAGCGAAUGCCAGUGCCUGGGCGACGUCGAGGACUCGGAUUCGACUCGGACGGCCCCGCGAGGCAAAAUCGCCGACUACAGGUCUACGCGUACCAGACCCCGGACGAGGCCGACGAGCGUAGAAGAGAGUCGGAUUGCCCAGCGCAAAGAUGUGUACCUCUUUGCCCUGGAUAAGUUCAACGACCCAGACUCUCUCGACCCCCGACUUUCCCAGCCCGCCUUGCUCGUGGAUGGCGAAUUCAUGUCCGGGCCUACGCGUUUCAUCAACCACUCGUGCGAGCCUAACCUUCGCAUCUAUGCACGCGUGGGCGACCACGCAGACAAGCACCUCCACGACCUUGCCUUAUUUGCCAUUACUGACAUCAAGAGGAAUACGGAGCUCACGUUUGAUUACAUUGACGGUGUGGAAGAGGAUGAAGACGAUCUAUCUAACCCUGAAAGGUUGAAAGAGAUGGCCAAGCUGACCGAAGAGGUCCUGCACGAGUCGAUUGAUGCCCGCACCGAGUCCUUGAUCACACUCCGAGAGCUUGGUCCCCGGAUCUUGUCCAUAUCCUCAAGCAUGCCGUUCGAAACCCGAACAAACAGCUGUUACAAUGCCUUCUCCCGACUUGACAUGCGCGUGCACGUCACAAUCCCCGGUUCCGUGGAGGCGUACUGCGUUGACGAGCGCGGCGAGCAGAAACCCGCCACAGAAGAGCUUUGGCUUGAGACAUACCUCUGCAGUGUCCUCCGCGCCUAUUCCUACGCCGACGAUGGCAGUGGAGAAACCAUCCGCAAAAUCAUGGGAGUGAGGAGGUUCAACCCCGUGACCAACACCGAGUCCGAGCACAGGUUCCUCAACGCUGCGGAACAGUUGUUUUUCAAGGGCUGGCAACUCGGCUCUGAUUCCAUUGUGCAAGUACCCAGUAACGUUGCGAACCACUUGACGACCGGCCUCCUCAGAUACUUCGAGACUACGGGACGCUAUGCCUCGGGCAUCAACUUGUUCGAGAAGCUCAGGACGCAAAACAUCGAGGUAUCCUCGCUUCUCGCCAAGAUCCUGUUUAUGGGCAAUGAGGAAGUGCGCGGCGUGAGGAUACUCCACGAAGCUCUCAAGGAGACCCCCAUGGACUACUCUAUGCUCGAUACCCAGGCCGAGUUCCUCUUGAAGAAGGCUCAGACCGCCCCCACGCCGGAGCAGAGAGACGAGAGGUUACGGCUGGCCCUCGGAUGUGCAGACAGGAGCACCGUCGCCGCGCCGAGCGAAUUCAGGACAUGGGCGCGGUUGGCCGAGGUUUAUGUCGCCAUGGAGGACUGGGAACACGCUCUCGCCGUCUUGAACUCGUGCCCCAUGUUCACCUACCAGGACAAGGACGCUCCCAUCAUGCCUGAGCCCAAGGACGUCUACCUCCCCACCCUCGCCGCGACCCGCCUCGACGAAAUCGACAGCGAGCCCGAGUCCCGCUACUCGGAGCAGGUCGACCCCAACCUGCUCAACCUCCGGGCGGCGUCAUACAAGGGAACGUUUAGGCUGGCCUACAACAUUCUUACCGAGAUGACUGCCAAGCUCGGGUGGGACCAACUCCUUAGGAUCCGUAGCAACGUGUUCGUUAUGGAGGACGAGUACCGGAACGAGAAGCAGGACCAGCCCGCCAAGCAAGCUACGCAACUCGAUGCGCGCAACCCCAGCACAGACGGACUCCGUGGGAGCCGCUCCUCGGCCAACGGUGACGAUUCCGGCUCGGACUCCGACUCCGACUCCGAGGUUGAUGCGAACAAGGAGGAGGCCGUGGAUGCGCCCAAGACGAACGGUGACUCUUCGCCAGAGAAGCCUUCCAAUACGAUAGACCCGGAUGUGGUAAAGGCCGAUGCCGAACAGGCCGAGUCAAGCGAGCAAGCCCUCUCCAAGCUGAAUAACAAGCGCCUCUGCGAGCGCUGGCUCGACAGCCUCUUCAUGGUCCUCUACGAAGACCUCCGCGCCCUCGCCGGCAUCCUCCGCGCCCUCGAGCGCCGCGGCCGCUCCUCGUGGGAUCCCCACGCCGCCGUCGCCGCCCGCUCCGCCGCCCGCGCGGCCAACCCCGCCCCCAAUACCAACUCUACCCGUGACACCGUCGCCGCCGUCAUCCGCCUCAUCACCUGGCAGUACAGGUGGUACUCGGAGUUCUCCCCCGAGCUCCUCCACACCAUCCGCGCCCUCAUUGAGGACGAGGGCGCUCUCAAGAUUCGCAGCAUCAUUCAGGCCACGAGCCUGCCCCAAAACGUCCUCGACCUGACCCACCACUACGCCGCCCUCUGCGCAACGUUUAGAGCAGCGGCACGGACGGCUAGACCCUCCAUUCUCCCUUCAAACCUAGGUAUUUCAGAGAGAUCCAAGCGAGGUUGGCCUCGACGCUUCAUCUCCUCGCCCAAGUAA